GUGCGUCAGGGGCGGGGUUACAAAGGAAAGAAUCAGCGUCCUAACAGAGAGAAGAUUCCUUUACUCGAGAAUAAACCGUACCGGGUCACUAGCACUAUGAUUACACGGUUAUAAUAAGUCUGUUAGGAAAAGUGAAAACGUAAUUUGUGGAAUAAUGAUACGAACUUUCGGUACCGGAUCUGUGUGCGCACGCUUAUUGACACGGGGAUCAAAGUAUGCAACGUGCAGAGCUGCACACCACAGCGGCUCAUUUGAUGUUGCUGUUAUUGGUGGAGGGAUUGUUGGACUGGCCUCUGCCAGAGAGCUGAUCCUCAGGCACCCAAACCUCACCUUUACUCUGCUGGAGAAAGAAAAGGAGCUUUCUCUCCAUCAGACAGGUCAUAACAGUGGUGUGAUCCACUCUGGGAUAUACUACACACCAGGCUCUCUGAAGGCCCAGCUUUGUGUUCGGGGAGCCAUGCUAACAUAUCAGUACUGCCAGAAGAAAGGUGUGCCUUAUAAGAAAUGUGGCAAGCUUAUCGUAGCAGUGGAGAGAGAGGAGAUCCCCCGUCUGAAAGCUCUAUAUCAACGCGGUCAGGUGAACAAUGUACAAGAUCUCCGUCUGAUUGACGCCAAGGCCAUCCGAGAGAAAGAGCCGUACUGCAGGGGCAUCAUGGCAUUAGACUCUCCAAACACAGGGAUUGUUGACUGGCAGUUAGUAGCUCUGACCUACGGUAAGGACUUCCAGGAAGCAGGUGGCACUGUGAUAACUGACUUUGAAGCAUCUGACAUUAAGGUGGCGGCAGAAAGCGCAGCUGGGAGUGCUGAAGGUCUGAAAUAUCCCAUUAUCAUCAAAAGCUCACAGGGGAAGGAGGUGAGGUGUCGGUUUGUGUUGACGUGUGGAGGCCUUUACUCUGAUCGGCUGUCUGAGAUAUCUGGCUGUAGUUCAGAGCCCCGUAUCGUUCCCUUCAGAGGAGAUUACCUGGUGCUUAAGCCAGAGAAAAACUACCUGAUCAGGGGCAACAUCUACCCUGUGCCAAACCCACGGUUCCCGUUUCUUGGAUUCCAUUUCACUCCUCGUAUGGACGGUAGCGUCUGGCUUGGCCCAAACGCUGUGUUGGCUUUUAAACGAGAGGGGUAUAAACUCUUUGACUUCGACACACAAGACUUCAUUAAUGCGGUCUCCUACAGGGGUCUGCAGAAGCUGGUAAUGAAGAAUAUUGUGUAUGGAAUGGGAGAAAUAUAUAGAGGUGUGUUUACCAGUGCUCAGGUAAAGAACCUGCAGAAGUUCAUACCUGAACUGAGCCCCAGUGAUGUCCUCAGGGGGCCGUCUGGUGUGCGUGCACAGGCUUUGGAUGCUGAAGGAAACCUGGUGGAUGAUUUUGUGUUUGACGGUGGGAAGGGAGAGCUGGGCAGCCGGAUUCUGCAUGUACGCAAUGCCCCGUCACCCGCUGCGAGCUCCUCCCUGGCCAUCGCUGAGAUGAUCGCUGAUGAACUGGAGAAAAGAUUUCAACUGUAGACAUACCUCAGAUGACGCUGCCAUAACCUUGAUUACACUCUCACUCUUAUACUUCAAUUCAGAGGAUAAAAGAAUAAUUAUAGAAGAAGUUUUACUUUUAUACUAGUGCGGAACAGUAAUGAUGUAAAGAGAUUUCUGGUGCUCUUUUCUAAUGCAUCUUCUGAAAAUGAUGCAGAUUUUAGGAAAUGUUGGGUAACUCUUGUUAUAUCUUUGUAAAUCUGAUGAUUUGUGAGGAAAAAGUCUUAAAAGUAACUGCCUUAAAAUAAUGUACAAAUGUAGUUGCCUCUUAAGAGAAUGCAUUCACUCCAUAUCUGAAUGACAAAUUCUUUUAGUUGAUGGGUCUUCAAAUUAUAUCUGACCUCUAAUGUCUGAAGGAAGUUAUUUAAAAACAGCUCUUCUGAUUUGUUCAUUGUAGAACCAUUGUCUAUAACAAUAUUUGAAGGUCUGAUUCUCCUUGUAUUUGUAAAUUAAAUUUCCAGGAUUCCAGAAGUUAUAGAAGCUGAAUGUUCUUUAG